CUUUGCGCAGGAAUUCUACCCUGUGUUGCAGCAGAGGAGGGAAAAUAAUUAUGGGGAAGUCUUUGAAGGAGCUGAGUCAACUCGCCGGGUCCAAAUAUCCUCCACUCAGAAACAAACUCACACCAAAAAUUCACACACACAGGCGUGAAAAAAAUGGGGAAGAAAUUGGGAGUCUCCUUUACUACUACUACACAUAUCAACACCGCUAUCCUCUCUCUAUCUCCUCAAACCCUAACCCAAACGCCCAAAUCUCAAAACGACGCGAAUUGUUUUCUCCUUUCUCGCUCUAGAAUACAUACACGCCUGCGUGUAUCUUUAUAUUCGGAAACCCAUUAUCGCGUGCCCUCUGUUGUAACUUCUGUUUUCUCUUUCCGCCUUGCCGCUGUCUGUUUUCCAUCCGUCCAAUCGAAAGGUGAUUCCUUCUUGUCUGAUUUGUUCGUGUUUUCCUCAGCAUUACAGCUCUUGAAGAUCUUUGUUGAAAAUGGAGCAGCAUGGAGUUCCUCAAUUGGAGGGUGUUGCAAACUCUAUUAAAAGAAAGAGAAGUCAAACAUCACGCCGGCCUAAACCUGAGGCUCAGCCACUCCCUGACCACGAGCAAUCCCCUGUUCAAUCAACUCCAGUUUCGGAUGACUUGAGUAAGGCCUCAAGUGACGAGAAUAAUGGUGAUUUUAACUCGGGUGGGAAAAUGUUAAAUCUGAAUCAGUGUGUAUCGAGGUCUUUGCCUGCAAGCGAGCCUGAUAAAGUGAGCGGAUCGAAUGUUGUUCGUGGUAAUGGUAUGUUUGACGAAUCAGGAAGUCAGAGUAAACUGAAAAAGGUUAAAUUGAAGGUUGGUGGUGUGACCUGCACAAUUCAAGCGAAAUCCAGUGCUAAUGGCGAAUCUUCUGAUAAUGCUCGUCCACGACAGAGAUUGAUUGGACAGGAAAGCCCCGAUGACCACCAAUCUCCAACUUCUGAUAAUAAAAGAGGUCUGCAAGGGAUCCCGUGGAAGGAUUUCUCAAAAGGUAAUUUCAGUAUCGAGAAGGAGGAUAUGGGGAGAACAUCCGGAAAGAAUGCCAUUGAGAAACAAGGAGAUAAGUCUGAUUCGGUUCGUAAGAGCAAAAGGGUUCCGAAAAAACGAGUUCUCGAUUCUGAUUUUGACGAUGACGAUGAGGAUGAUGAGAUCCGGUAUUUGGAGAAACUCAAGUCCUCAAAGCUGUCAAGCAGAAAGCUGCAAAAGGAAAGUAAAUACGAGAAUUCGGAAGAGGAGGAAGAAGAACCAUACUCUGAUGGUGAUAACGAAGGGAAGAAGAAAAAACUGAAAAAGGAUCUUUCGGAGUUGGGCUCGGAAAACAAGAGAGAAAUGGCUCUUACGUCUCGUCAGAGAGCCCUUCUAACCAAAGAUGCUUCUGUAUCUGGUGGAGCUAGUCAAAUCGAGUUUCCGAAUGGGUUACCACCAGCCCCACCUCGAAAGCAAAAGGAGAAGUUAUCAGAAAUGGAGCAACAACUGAAGAAAGCUGAGGCUGCUCAGAGGCGGAGAUUGCAGAAUGAGAAAGCAGCCCGUGAAUCAGAGGCAGAGGCAAUUAGAAAGAUACUUGGGCAAGAUUCCAGUAGGAAGAAGAGAGAAGAGAAGAUAAAGAAACGCCAGGAAGAGUUGGCACAGGAAAAGGCUGCUCAUGCACUAAUGCUUGCAUCGAACACCAUUAGAACAGUCAUGGGACCUACUGGGACUACUGUCACAUUUCCACAAGAGAUGGGUUUGCCUGAAAUCUUCGACUCCAAACCGUGCAGUUAUCCUCUUCCGCGUGAGAAAUGCGCGGGGCCCUUCUGUACCAAUGAUUAUAAGUACCGUGAUUCGAAGUUAAAGCUUCCUCUUUGCAGUCUCGUGUGCUACAAAGCAAUCAACGAGAAGAUUAAUGCUGGGAGAGCCUGCUAAAAGUUACGGCUGUGGGUUAUAUCAGUUCAUAACAAGUGAUCCUUACAUAUACAUGUAGUUUUCGUAUAAAUUGCCCGGUCUUUUGCUCACAAGGCAGAAAACACUGGGAUUUAUGGUAAUAGUCCCGAGUCUAUAGGAAGGACCUUACUGCAAAUACUUAUUUUUGCAUCAAUUGUAGUCAUGAUGCUUGUAUUAUGUGACUUGUUUUUAAGCUUUAUCUCCCUUGUAAGCUGAUAGACAUGUCAAAGACAAUCAGUUAUGGGAAUGAAAUGUCCUACACAACUUGAUCUUUGGGUUCCUAUAUGAAGCAUCGAAGAUUUGUAUACAAAUUGUAAUUUUAGAUUAUUUUUGUUCCUCAUUUAAAAACUUUGUUAAAAAUGGUACUUUGAUG